AUGUCUCCGUGUUUUACGUUUGUUAGGCGUAAACAAAAUAAUAACAAAGAAAUAUUUCUUGCCAUCCUGGGAUUGGAUAAUUCUGGAAAGACAACAAUAUCUCUCAGCAUAAAGGGUGUCUCCAGUGACUUAGUUGCUCCAACUAUCGGCUUUGA